UGCUCCCUCCCCUGCGCAGCGCACGUCUUGGUUCGGGCCGGGCAUAAAAGGCUCCGCGGCCCAGGGCUCACUUGGCGCUGAGAACGCGGGUCCACGCGUGUGAUCGUCCGUGCGUCUAGCCCUUGCCCACGCAGCUUUCAGUCAUGGCCUCCGGUAACGCGCGCAUCGGAAAGCCAGCCCCUGACUUCAAGGCCACAGCCGUGGUUGACGGCGCCUUCAAAGAGGUGAAGCUGUCGGACUACAAAGGGAAGUACGUGGUCCUCUUUUUCUACCCUCUGGACUUCACUUUUGUGUGCCCCACGGAGAUCAUCGCGUUCAGCAACCGUGCCGAGGACUUCCGCAAGCUGGGCUGCGAAGUGCUGGGCGUCUCGGUGGACUCUCAGUUCACCCACCUGGCUUGGAUCAACACCCCCCGGAAGGAAGGAGGCUUGGGCCCCCUGAACAUCCCCCUGCUUGCUGACGUGACCAGACGCUUGUCUGAGGAUUACGGCGUGCUGAAAACAGACGAAGGCAUUGCCUACAGGGGCCUAUUUAUCAUCGAUGGCAAGGGUGUCCUUCGCCAGAUCACUGUUAAUGAUUUGCCUGUGGGACGCUCCGUGGAUGAGGCUCUGCGGCUGGUCCAGGCCUUCCAGUACACAGACGAGCAUGGAGAAGUUUGUCCCGCUGGCUGGAAGCCUGGCAGUGACACGAUUAAGCCCAACGUGGAUGACAGCAAGGAAUAUUUCUCCAAACACAAUUAGGCUAGCCAACGGAUAGUAAGCUUGUGCCCCUACCUAGGUGCCUGUGCUGGGUGUCCACCUGUGC